CACUGAGCUCAAACCGCGGAACCUGAACGCACCAGGACCGAGAGACUGGCUGGAUCGUCCGUCACCGCCCGGGAGAAAGCAUCCGCUAAACGGCUUCAUUAGCGGCGUCGCACCGACACUGGGGCUUUAAACACGGAUCCGGCUUCACCUGUCGUGAUGCGUGGGUGAGCCAGCUAACGUUAGCCCGAGAACUAGCUUCCGCCGCCCGGCUGUAAAAGUAGCCGGGUCCGAGCUCCUGUCCUCGGCUGCGUGUAGGCGAGUCAAUCGAAUUAAACUCGCGGGGGAACGACGGGGCCAUGGAGGCGUUGCGUUACCUCCAGGACCCGCACCUUGUCGCCCGCUUCCAGAACAUUUGCGGGGUUCGCGGGAAGUUUUCCAGAAGCGUCUCUGCCGCCGACAGCAGCGGGACAGCGGGGCGGACCUGCUCGCACAACAACGGGGCAUGUAGUUCCCACACCGCCGGGGAGAAGGAGAGUGGAAAGCUCCCCUUCGGUGGAGCUGGGGACGGGGACUCGGUGAGGGUGGCGGCCGCCGGGGCUCGGAGGAGGACUACCGGGGCUGAUGAUGACAAAAGCCCCGGGGAUGGAUGUGAAACCGCUCCUCGGAACGGGGCGCCACUGUGCGGGGGAGAUGCGGGCAGCAGCGCGCCCUGCCCGGGGGAGCUCGGUCCCAGCGACCCGGUGGUUGUCUCCACGGUCAAGCCCCUCCGAAGGAACUCCCUGACGGGGGACGCCGGGCAGGAGUUCCUGAUCGAGAACCGGUUCCUGUUCUACCUCUUCACGUUCGGAACCGAGCUGGGCAACGAGCUGUUCUACAUCACCUUCUUCCCCUUCGUCAUCUGGAACCUGGACGCCUUCGUGGGCCGGCGGCUGAUCAUGGUGUGGGUGUGGGUCAUGUACCUGGGCCAGUGCACCAAGGACGUGAUCGGGUGGCCGCGGCCCAAGUCCCCCCCCGUGGUCAAGGUGGAGAUGUUCUACAACUCGGAGUACAGCAUGCCGUCCACACACGCCAUGUCCAGCACCGCCAUCCCCUUCUCCCUGGUCUUCAUCUCCUGCAGCCGCUGGGAGUACCCGCUCCCACUGGGCCUGGGUCUGGCUCUCUGCUGGUGUCUGCUGGUCUGCACCAGUCGAAUCUACAUGGGAAUGCACUCAGUCCUGGACGUCAUCGCUGGUGUCCUCUACAGUGUCCUGAUCCUGCUCGUCUUCCUCCCAGUCCUGGACCUGAUUGACGGCUUCAACCUGACCUACCGCUAUGCGCCGCUCCUCAUCAUCUCCCUCCACCUGGGCCUGGGCCUCUUCUCCUUCACCCUGGACACCUGGAGCACCUCGCGGGGCGACACCGCUCAGAUCCUGGGCACGGGCGCCGGCGUGGCGCUGGCCUCCCACGUCAACCACCACCUGGGCCUGCUGCCCGACCAGACGCCGGACCAGCUCCCGUUAGCCUUCCCCGCCCUCAGCGUGGGCCUGGUGGGCGCGGCCCUGCUGCGGCUGGUCGUGGGAGUCCUGGUGCUGAUGGCCUCGCGGGCGCUGAUGAAGGCCAUCACCAUCCCGCUGGUGUGCCGGGUGACCGGCGUGCCGAGCGGGGACGUGAGGAAGGCCAGGCAGCACAUGGAGGUGGAGCUGCCCUACCGAUACAUCGUGUACGGGGUGGUGGGCUUCAACGUCCUCUUCCUGGUCCCGUGGCUCUUCAGCUAUGUGCAGUUCUCCUGACUGGACGCCGGCUCACUUGGUCAUUGACACGGUGAAGUGACUCAGCAGAACUAGACCUGCUGCUGUCAGAUCAGUUCCGCUGCUUCUUCUCAUCUCAAACCACUUCCUGUUGCAGAGGCAGCUGCGUUGAGGCCAGUGAAGAUGAAUUAAAGCCUCAACAAUGAUCCGCUGCCUGUUUCACAGUUUUUCCUCUUCUUGGCUCAGAGUCCCUUUCAGAACGGACUGAGCAGGAGCCGCUGUUUGCUCCUCACAGCUUCCCAGUGUCCUGAGGACCAGACCCUCUCCUCCCGCGUCGACUCCUCUUUAAAUUCAUCUAAAAUCCAACGGCUCUGGUCUGAAGCCAGGAGACGCUGCAGGGUCAGAGCCGCCCAUCCACUCCUCCUCCUCCUCCUCCUCCUCCUCCUCCUCCUCCUCCUCCUCCUCCUCCUCCACCUCUUCCUCCUCCUCCUCCUCCUCCUCCUUCUCCUCCUCCUGCUCCUCCUCCUCCUCCUCUUCCUCCUUUAUCAUUUUACAAGCAACAAAAUAACUUUUUCACAGUGGCCUCUGAAAGACUGAAAAUACCACUGAUUGCUACUGAUUGCCGACCUGUCUCUAUUCACUUUUUUAUUAAUCCUAUUAUUAUUAUUAUUAUUAAUAAGGCCACAGACAAAGGACCAUACGGGUAAGAAGACCUUUACAUUGAUUUGAUGGACCAGUGUUAGAUGCAGUUUUCAAUGUGAAGCUGCAGCUCACGAUUAUUUUCAUCCACAUUAAUCUGCUGAUUUUCUUUUCAGUUCAUUGUUUUGUUUAAAAAAUAAAAUCUCUAACAUUGAUUAAAGAAAAUUGAAAAUGAUGCAACUUGAAAAAUAUAUAUUUGAUUAAAAAAAAGAAAAGACUGAUUGAAUCGUGAAAUCAGAAGCUGAACUUUGUGGUUCUUUGUCUGAAGCUUGUGGAUGGUUUCACCUUCCUCUCUUUUGUCUCACGUCUCAAAGCAAUAAGAUGAUUUUAUAAUAAUUCCUUUUUCCUUUGUGGCAGUUUGUUCGAAUGCGAAAAGGUUGAUAUCAUUUCCUGUCUCAACUAAGAGACAGAUCUCCUUCAGACCUUUGGGAAUCGAACGUUUGAUCACACGUGUACAGUGUUUUCUUAAAGGGCUCCUCCCACUCAGUCUGCUCUGUUGACUCUUCCUGUUCGACCUCCGCUCUGAGACGGAUCCACUUUCCUGUGAGCUGAGAGAAGCAGCGACGAGGCACAUACCUGAUCCAGAGGGAGGUCUGAGGAUUUCAUGAUGUUUGUGUUGUAACACUGUAAAAUCGGAUUGUUGGUUUGAUAACGUGGAGCUCCAUGCCCCCCCCCCCCCCCGCUCUGAUGUAGAUUCACUGGUCGAGUUCGGACCGAUAGUUCACUUUGAGUUUCUUUGUGCCUGCUUUUCUUCUGGUUCUGGUUCUACAUGUAGAUUCCAGCAGUAAUCUAUUACAACACUUGUUUGGACCCUCAUGUUCUGUUGGAGUUGAACAAUACAAGGGUCAUGAACUCACAAUUCUAUCAGUUCAACGAUAUUCCAUGUCCACACACACACACACACACACACACACACACACACACACACACACACACACACACACGUGAUGUCAUGUCACUGAUCGCUUUCAAAAACCUGCAGGAAAAAAGUUUAAAUUACAGUUAAAUUCCACAUUUCGGUUCAAAAAGUAUUUGAGAAAAGAAAAUUCUAUAUUUAUUCACUUAAAGCUUUUUUUACAGAAGGGCAGUUGAAGGACAAAACCACGAGUUUAUUCUUUUCUCCUCUUUGUUGUUUUGUCCUUAAAUUAAAUAAAAUGUGAUUUCAAGUUGUCAAACAACUUCAGAGACUUAAUUUGGAUGAAAGAAGUUGAGUCAAAAUCCCAGUUGUGAGAAUUGGUGGAACUACAGACUUUCAUCAGAACGUGGUUCAGACACACGAGUUCGAUUCCUUCUGUUUGAAUCGUGUCUCUGACAGUUUGUCCUGAAUCUGUCCUCGAGGAAUAAACCCAACAUCUGGACGGGGCCUGAUGUGUCCUUCACUCUGGAGCUGUGGCUGAAGUGCCUUGCUCCAGGGCACUCGCAGGACAGUUUUCCAGCUGGUGACGUUUUCAGGUGCUUAACUUGAGCACAGCAGGUUCAGCUGGAAGCUUGUUUUUGUUGCUUCUUGUACACGGUACUGUCCUAAUAUUAUAAUAUUAAUGCACUGUUCCCAGAAUGCACUGCCCCCCCAGCACCUCGAGCCGGGCACAAAGGGUGAAUUCGGUCCUGAACGUCAGUAUUUUGUAAUUUUCCUCUCAUUUCCUGUAACUUUGAGUCGAGAUAAAGACAAACUGAAAUUUGGAGAAAUAUUCAAAAUGAUAAGAUUUUACCACAAACCCUGAAUGAAUGAAAGUUCCUUUAAUCAACAGAUUGUCCUUUUAGACCUGACUACAAAUGGCAGCUUCCCCUGAGGGUUUAUGGCCUCGUGCACACGUGUCCUCUCAGAUGUUGUGUGUUUCGUCUGAAUGUGGUUUCCUCUCUGCAGCAGUGAAACCAGAUGUGUUUGUUGUUUGAUUGACAAACACACAACCUCUGUUAGUUCCAUUGUCACUUUGUAAGGUUCGUUUUACUGUUGGAUAAUCCCCAGGUUGUCAGGGUAACAAAAUCAUUUCAGAGUUUGGUUUAAAAACUGAAUGUUUAUUCAGCCAAAAUUGAUUUGUGUUGUGAAGUUGUUGACACACACUCAUUUUGUUGGGACGCUGUAGUGAUCAGAGAAUUAUACAGGAGGGAAACACUUUAUCUUUUUGUGGUAUUUAUAUCCUGACGCUGUUUCCUGCAGGUGGAGGAACAAUCUGGAAAAAUGAGAUUGUCAAACAAGAUUAAACCAAACAUCCUGUGUGUGUGCGUGUGUGUGUGCGUGCGUGCGUGUGCGUGUGUGUGUGUGUGUGUGUGUGUGUGUGUGUGUGUGUGUGUGUGUGUGUGUGUGUGUGUGUGUGUGUGUGUGUGUGUGUGUGUGUGUGUGUGUGUGUGUGUGUGUGUGUGUGUGUGUGUGUGUGUGUGUGUGUGUGUGUGUGUGUGUGUGUGUGUGUGUGUGUGUGUGUGUGUGUGUGUGUGUGUGUGCGUGUGUGUGUGUGCG